GACUCGACAUAAAGUUCAUUACUUAACUACAUUUCCUCCACCCCAUCAACAUGGAAUGUAGUGAUAACAAAACCACCACCAUUUCUUCACUAACUGCUAAUAUUGUUUCUGCAACUACAACAAGUAGUGAAUUAAUAUCUCCCAGAAGCAUAAUAUCAGCACCUCCUUCACCACCACCACCUGUUAUUCUUACUCCUUGUGCUGCUUGCAAAAUCCUGCGCAGGAGAUGUGUUGACAAAUGUGUAUUGGCACCCUAUUUUCCUCCCACUGAUCCCCUUAAAUUCACCAUUGCUCAUAGAGUUUUUGGUGCUAGCAACAUCAUCAAAAUGUUGCAGGAGCUACCAGAGGAACAAAGAGCAGAUGCUGUGAAUAGUAUGGUGUAUGAGGCAAAUGCCAGAAUCAGAGAUCCAGUAUAUGGUUGUGCUGGUGUUAUUUGCCAAUUGCAAAAGCAAAUAAGUGGGCUUCAAGCAGAAUUUGCCAAGGCACAAGCAGAAAUCUUGAAUUUAAAAUGCCAAAAUUCUAAUUUGCUAGCCUUAGUUUGCAUGGAAGUAACAGAAUAUCAAGAAAAUAGCAGCAGCAGCAAUGACUAUGGAAACAACACAAGCCUGUUUUUGGAAGAUAACAGUGUAUAUGCAGCUUGGGAGCCACUUUGGACAUGAUUAAAAAAAUAAUGUCUGAAUAUUUCUAAUACUACAAAUUAAUUCGCAUCUUCACGUAAGAAAAAAGGGGCAGAAAAACUUGGUCAAAUAUUACUACGCCUAAUUUGUCCCAAACAGAAAGAUAAUUUGGUGACAUACUUUUAAAAAAUUUAAUAAAUAUAUGUUAGUAACAGGUUUUAAUGGUAAUAUCAAGAAUAGUAGUUUGACGAAAUCAGAUGUAAUUCAUGAUACUUACUUUAGUUUUUUAUUUGAAGAAGAAUACACAUGGAUGGUA